AUGCGAGCCGCGAUGAGCUGCCAAGCUGGCAGCGUCCGUCGGUUGGUAUUUAAGAUUCAAGCUGUUCACAAUUAUGGAUCAUUACACUUGCAUGCUUCAUCUGUUCCAAUGUUUAAUGGGUUGAAUUUUGCUGAUUGGAGUGAACAAGUUCAAUUUCACCUCAGUGUAUUGAAUAUUUAUUUGGCACUCUUAAGUGAUCAGUUUGCUGCUAUUACUGAUUCUAAUAACAUCAAGACAGCUAUUCCCAAAACUGAAAGUGUUAAAGAGUUUUUAAAGUUUGUGGGGGAGCGUUCCCAAAUAGCAGAUAAGUCUCUUGCUGGGAUAUUUAUGGGUACGUUAACCACCAUGAAGUUUGAUGAUUCACGUACUAUGCAUGAGCAUGUUGUUGAAAUAAAAAAUAUUGUAGCAAAACUUAAGACUUUGGGAAUGGAUGUGAAUAAAAAUUUCCUUGUACAGUUCAUUUUAAACUCAUUACCGACUGAGUAUGGACCGUUUCAAAUGAACUAUAACCCCAUGAAAGAUAAAUGGAAUGUGCAUGAAUUGCACAGUAUGUUAGUUCAAGAGGAAACACGACUGAACAAUGAAGGAAUUUACUCUAUUGAUUAUGUGAACAAUCAAGGAGCUAAAAAGAAAGUAAAGAAGUAUGGAAAGGGGAAAGGAUCUUUAAAGGAUAAUGAAUCCACUUCUCAUAUCCAGAAGAAGGGAUUUCUUACAAUCCGGAACAUAAACCCAAAUGAAAAGUUUAUCUUCAUGGGGAACAAAAUAAAAGUGUCAAUUGAAGCUGUCGGGACUUAUCUUUUAAUCCUAGACACUGGCAGGAAACCAAGUUUACGACACCUGCAUAUUUGGAGUUGUAAGGCAGAAGUUAAAGUUUAUAAUCCACAAGAAAAGAAGCUGGAUGCAAGAACAAUCAAUGGUAAUUUCAUUGGUUAUCCAGAAAAAUUGAAAGGGUAUAUAUUUUAUUAUCCUAGUCAUAUCACAAGAAUAGUUGAAACUGGAAAUGCUAGGUUCAUUGAGAAUGAUGAAACUAGUGGGAGUAUGGUUCCAUUAAAUGUGGAAAUUAAGGAAAUUACAACUCCCACUAUUCAAAAUUCAGAUUUUGACUUAGGAAUUGAAGAUGAUCUAGUUUCAUUUUCACAGGCCAUUAGCUGUGAUAAUUCUGAUAAAUGGAUGGAUGCCAUGAAAGAAGAGUUAAAGUCUACGGAACAAAAUGAAGUCUGGGAUCUUGCAGAAUUGCCAGAAGAUUGCAAGAGAUUUGGAUGUAAAUGGGUUUUUAAAACCAAACGAGACUCUCGUGGUAACCUUGAACAUUACAAGGCCAGACUUGUUGCUAAAGGCUUUACUCAGAAAAAUUGUAUUGAUUAUAAAGAGACUUUUUCACCAGUCUCUAAGAAAGAUUCUUUCAGAAUUAUUAUGGCAUUAGUAGCUCAUUACGUUUUAGAGUUACAUCAAAUGGAUGUGAAAACUGCAUUUCUAAAUGGGAAAUUAGAUGAAGAUGUUUAUAUGGAUCAACCAUUGGGUUUUACAGUUGAAGGGAAAGAAAAUUUGGUGUGUAAACUUAAGAAUUCAAUAUACGGACUUAAACAAGCAUCCCAACAAUGGUAUCUUAAGUUUAAUAAUACCAUUGGUUCCUUUGGAUUUAAAGAAAACACAGUUGAUCGGUGUAUAUAUCUGAAGAUUAGUGGGAGUAAGUUUAUAUUCCUGAUUCUGUAUGUUGAUGAUAUUUUGCUUGCAACUAAUGAUCUUGGCCUGUUACAUAACACUAAAGAAUAUCUCUCUAAAAACUUUGAAAUGAAAGAUAUAGGAGAGGCAAAGUAUGUGACCGGAAUGGAAAUAUUUCGAGAUCGGUCCCAAGGACUAGUUGGUUUGUCUCAUAAAGGUUAUAUAAAUAAAGUUUUAGAGAGAUUUAACAUGGACAGAUGCUCAGCUUCACCUAUUCCAAUUCAAAAAGGAGACAAGUUCAGUCUCAUGCAAUGUCCUAAAAAUGAUCUGGAACGGAAGCAAAUGAAUGAUGUUCCUUAUGCAUCUGUUGUUGGGAGCUUGAUGUAUGCUUAA